GCCCCGCUCCCCCUUCCCGGAGCGACAAACCGAAAGAGACGCCUCCCUAGCGCUCCGCUCGCUCCCCGCUGGAAAUGUCCGGGUUUAAUUUGGAUCUGGGGCCCGCCAAGGAGCCGCUCGGCUUCAUCAAAGUCCUGCAAUGGAUAUUCUCCAUUUUUGCCUUUGCUACCUGUGGUGGAUACAGUGGGAAAACAUCUAUAUUCCUCACCUGUAAAAAUAACCAAAAUAUCACAUGGACCCGGGAUUUCUUCUAUCCCUUCAGGUUGAGCAAAAUCUCCUUUGGACCUCUGGAGCCAGGAAUGAAAUGCAACAAUACUUGGAGUUUGCCCAGCUACUUGGUGGGAGAUUUCUCCUCCUCGGCAGAGUUCUUCGUCACUUUUGCGGUCCUCGUGUUCCUGUAUUGUAUCGGAGCCUUAAUAUUGUACCUCGGUUACAUGCACUUGUAUCGAGGUGCUGGAAAACUCCCUAUGGUUGACUUCAUCCUUACGGUCAUCAUUGCUUUCCUGUGGCUGGUCAGCACAUCGGCCUGGGCGAAGGCGCUUGUCGAUAUCAAAGUGUCCACCGGACCCAGCAUAGUUACUGGAUCUGAAUAUUGUAAUACACAGCCCGGUUUCUGCCAUUUCAAUGAGAUCAGAAGGAUGGGAUCCUUGAAUGUGUCUGUGGUCGUCGGCUUCCUCAACCUGAUCCUGUGGGCUGGCAGCGCUUGGUUCGUCUACAAAGAAACCCACCUACACAGUCCUCCCUCCAGCGCUUUGCCGAACGCAACCGGUUCCCCGUCUCCUUCAGGGAUGUGAAAGGCCUGAAAAGGCCUUGGAUAUGGAAAUAACACCUCUCGCCUCAGGAUGAUCCACGCAAUGGCUGUUCCCUCCCCUGUCCCUCCCCUCCUCCAUGGUGUAAUCGAUGUGUGAAAAAUCAAUGGGUUUCACAUUUUUGUUUUUUUGCUUCCACGCCGAGGACAGAACCGAAAGUGACACCGUGCACGAGAAAUAUCGCGUUGCACGAAAGCUUGUUCUCUCUGCGUUGAAAAAAAGAGGGUUUCUCUGUCUCGGGUUCGAAGACUCCCCGCCGCUCCCCCGUGUUGAUAAUAAAAAGUUGAGUGAGCAGCAUUUCAAUUGA